AUGAGUUACUACGGCAGCUACUACGGAGGCCUGGGCUAUGGCUGUGGAGGCUUCGGUGGCCCGGGCUAUGGCUAUGGCUGUGGAUGUGGCAGCUUCCGCAAACGGGGUUAUGGCUGUAGCUAUGGAGGCUACGGAUAUGGCUCUGGCUUUGGAGGCUACGGAUAUGGCUGCUGCCGCCCAUCAUACUAUGGAGGAUACGGAUUCUCUGGCUCUUAUUAAAUGAAUUGUUGAAAUUGGAAGCAGAGGAAAAACCUCCAAAUGUGUUUGGUCCUGUCCUGUGGUUUCAUUCCAGAAAAUCCAUUCUAUUGUCUUCACCAUCAAUGGACAGAUAUUUAUCAAUGGUUAAGCUACUUCUAUGAAUAUUAGUUGUUUUUUUACUUUCGGAAUCCGUCACCUGAAAUCCUAUUCAUAUAUAGCCACUCUAGUUUGUUCUCCUAAAUAUGCUUUG